CCAGGAUUGUAAAUGAGAGAAGGGGAGGGAGAAGGGGCGCUUUUCUUUCUUUUUUUCGACAGAGGGAGGGGUGUUGUGGGGAAAUGCUCGGCGGACCGUGAAGCGUAACAGCCAGAAGAGGGACAAAGACGCACAUAGCGGGACAAAAUGCGACGGACAGAAACCUCUCCAAACUAAAAAAACAACAACUUCGGAAUGCGUGGAUGGAUUAAAAGUAGUAGCGCUGCUAAGAGUCGAAAGUAGCAAUGACAAGAAAGAUGAGUUCAAGUCUACGAUCUGAGUUAUGGACAAUGACUGUGUGCGUUAAAGUGCGUGUUAACUUUGGAUAGUCCCGUGGCGCGUUUCAGAUCCGCACCGGUGCCAUGGUGCAGACCGCAGCUUGGAGUACGAUUUUUCGACGGACAUGCCUCCCGAGAUGACCCUUCCUGCGCUGUUUCUCGUUUUUGCAACGACACGAGGUGAUUUCCCUGAGUCAGAUCCUUACUUCUACUGUUGCAAAGCUCACCGGGAGGAGGCAAACUCAUCUGAGGUUACGAGUUAGUGGACAGUUUGCAAAAGAAGUGAGUUGGUAGCAGACGUUUCGCGCGUGUGGAAUACUUUUAUGUACUUACGUCUGAAAGAUUCAGAGUCUGAACCGUCCUGAUCCUCAUGUGCUGGUGAAGAAAGUGCACGUCACCGGACUAGAACUCCAUCCAAGCAUGAAAUGUUGGUGCCGCGCCGUGGCACUUCUCCCGUGGGUGCUGGUGACCUUAGAUGCCCAACUAAUCUGCUGGCAGGCGCUGCUUCGGUGCCACGACGAGCCCGAGUGCAAUCUUGCGUACAAUCAAUACUUGGCGGCAUGUGAAGGUAACAUCAGGGGGACGAGGAGGCAGUGCCCGAGCCACUGCAUCAACGCCCUGAUCAGGCUCAAUCACACCCGCAGCGGGCCAGACCUGGAGACCUGCGACUGCGCACAGGACCUGGACUGUCUGAGCGCCAAGCGGGCCAUAGAGCCGUGUCUCCCCCGCAGACACCCCAGCGAUGCCGGGGGUAUCGGCUGCAUGGAGGCCCGGCAGCGCUGCGAGGAGGACAGCAACUGCCACACCUCCCUCACGGCCUACUUGUCAUACUGCGGACAGCUGUUCAAUGGAAGGAAGUGCUCCUCCAAGUGUAAAGCCACCAUUCAGCAGAUGCUGUUCAUCCCAAACGGCAUGCUGCUGAACCGCUGUGUUUGUGAUGGGGUGGAGAGGCCUUUCUGUGAAGUGGUCAAGGAGAACAUGAGCAAACUCUGCUCCAUAGGAGACCACAGUGUUGUCUCAGACCAGCCUGAUGUUGAUGACAUCUAUGAGGAUGAAGACUAUGACCCUAAAGGUGACAGAGAGGAAGUGUAUAUUGACAAUUCCUCCCAGAGGUUUUCCAGCUGCAUGGCGCUCCUGCUUGUUCCUCUGGCAUGGAUAUUAUACUGAGAUGAUGGAAGCGCUUGUUGGAUUUAUCACUGAAAGGGUGACACUUGAGGAAGAUUACUGUUCCAGAGGUCACUGCUGGAUUUAAUAAGGAUUCAGCUCUAAAACACUUGAGCAGGGCACUGGCUUGCUGGCAGAGGACUUGAACCCAGGUCUGCUGGAUGAGGAAAGUUAUUUUUUCACCACUGGGCCUCUCUGCCUUCUCAUUUUAGCUGUAUGGUGACGGAGAGCACUGUAGUGGUUUGUGCAGACAUUUUCCACAACCGUACAGUUUGCACAGUAAUUCUUCGUGCACAUGUCACUCAAGAAAUCUGUCCUGAUUUGUGAUUCCAAUCUCCACACAGAUGGCCUUCGCAGUGCUCUGAGUGAUUUGCCACAUUGCUCAGUGGAAAGAAAGCCUGUUGUCAAAAAUAUUUUCAGGUGACAGCGAGAAGAAGUGAACCAAACCAGACUUUGCCGCAGGGCUCGACUAUUUUGUGUGUCUUUAAACAGCUCCUGUUUAUUUGGUUUGGUUUCAAUGGUACUUGAAGUGUGGCUUUAUUAAGAGCUUAGACAAACAUUGGAGCCAUCCAGCCUCUGUUUGCUCUGCUCUCCAUUUCAGGGGCCUUUGCAUUGUUGCUGCAACCACACUUCAAAUAUUUGUGGGAAAAUUCAGAGGACAGGCGAGGGUGUGGGAUCAAGUACUUAAAUUAACUGAAGCGCCUCUCCAGCACUCUGUCUUGUUUCCCUCCCCCAUUUGAGAUUGUUUUAUUGAACUUUUCCUGAGACCACCCCCUCCCCUCUCUUCCUCUUCUCCAAUGCCUGCCCCCCUCUAAUGCCUUUAAAAGACCCCUGUCUUUAUUACUGUUUUCACACUGCCGCAACACUCCAGGAAAACCUGCCAGCUGCUGGUGUGAAUGGGUCAACAUAGCAUACCUGCAGUGUGUCCCCAAAACCGCUGAUGUCGGGAGGCCUGACACUGCUUUGCUUUGUUAUGCACGCAUGAACGCAAUUUCUGAUUUAAUCCAUCUCUGUUAAAACAAACUGCAUGAUUUGAGAGUGAGUUGUAUCAUCAAGGGUUAUGAUUCUAUCAAACAAGGAGGUACAUUUUCAUAGAUUUUAAGGAUUGUGCAACAAAUCAACACUGAGCCACCAAUGCAGUACUCAGUGGACAAGGCAGUGUCAGGACAGUAUGCCAGCAACAAGGUAAUGGCCACACAGUGGUAUAUGUUUUCAAACACAGGUUAAAUAAAUGUUUUGUAUUUUGUGUCACAGUUGUGGGUACAGGAGCAUGAAAGUGGGUUUUCCAGAUACAUGUAGAAAACUUUUAACAUACAGGAUUGUCAACCAAUAACAUGUACAAAUACAGAUAAAGCUCAAACUAAUAAUAUAAGAGAUUUAAUCACUUUCACAAAUUCAUAAUGAGGUUCCCUUCCUUCAAAAAUGUACUUUGAAGCCUUUUAUUGUGUUUGUUUUGAGCAACAUAGAUGCUCUGCUUUGUCACCUGUCUGAAGGUCUACAUUAGUAGUCCAGGGACUGAAACCAGCAGCCUUUCAGCCUCACUUAUGUCUUCUGCCUUUCCAUGUUAAGCUGUUUAGUAAAAAGGGAAAAAUGUUUUUGUUAGUUGGAUCACUUGUACUGAAGCUGCCAGUUUGUGUCUUUGCCACUUCAAAUGAAUUUCUUGAACAGUGUUGUUAAAUGUUAAAUUAUGAAGCUAGAAUAUGAAGAAUGUGUAUAUAUUUACAAUCAUAUGCAGUAAAAUAAGUGUCUCCUUAAAUGCCUUUAAUAUAAACACACAAACGUAGCUCAAGAUUUUGUCCACAAAGCCAGACAUGAUUUAGAGUUUUCAAUUUGUCAUCUCAUCUCGUGGGAAUUAGCAGUAAACACUCCAGAGCAGUAUCUUCCAUAUGGAAGAGUGACUUUUAUAAUAAAAUGUUUAUGACUUAAA